AUGGAGGCCUGAGCCACGAUCCUGAGAGCUCACCCUCCCUGUCGGAGUUCGGAGGUGUGUCGGAGCGAAGCCCGUUGGUGAUCCAUACACACUCUCACCCACGGGCCUCGCCGAGCCCCCCACCCAUCCUCCACGACCUGCAACAGUCAGACAGCCCCUCCUAUGUCCUCCUGAACCUCGCAAAAGGCAUCACAGCCUCCUCAGAGUCGCUGAUCUUUGCGGCAGACGGCGCCGGGGAGGAUGACGAUGAGGGCGUCUCGUCGGGGGACUACGGGAUAGAUGGCAGUGCUCCCUGGUAUCUGCGGGUGCAGGAGCUGGCACACGACAGUCUGAUUGCUGCCACGCGGGCACAGCUCGCCAGAGAUGCCAAGGCCAGCCAGGACGCCAGAGCUGCAAGUGUCAGUAACGGUGACCACACACACAGUUUGGCAGCGGACGGGGAUAAGCGAGAGCUGCAGUCUCGGACCAGCCGCCCCCUCUCCAAGCAGAUCCUCCGCUGCUCGUUUGAGGGUUGCUGCAGGACGUUCACGUGGCCCGCUCACCUCAAAUACCACCUCAAAACACACAGGAACGACCGGAUGUUCAGGUGUGGCGCCGAGGGCUGCGGGAAGAGUUUCUACGUGCUGCAGAGGCUGCAGGUCCACAUGAGGACUCACAACGGCGAGAAGCCCUUCAUCUGCAAGGAGAAGAACUGCGGCAAGAAGUUCACCACGGCGGGGAACCUGAAGAACCACAGACGCACACACACAGGGGAGAAGCCUUUUCUGUGCGAGGCAGAUGGUUGUGGGCGAUCGUUUGCGGAGUAUUCCAGUCUACGAAAACACAUGCUCGUACACUCUGGCGAGAAGCCUCAUCACUGCGGGAUCUGCGGGAAGACUUUCUCUCAGUCCGGCAGCAGGAACGUCCACAUGAGGAAGAGACACGGAGAGGAGGGGCUCGGCAGCGAAAGCAGAGAAACAGGAGAGGCUCUGACACAAAGCAGCCUGCUGGAGGCAGACGGCGAAAAUGGAGACGGUAUGGUCACCAUGACGACGACUGUUGAGCCCAUGAAUCUUCACCACGCCAUGCUGAGAUCACCAGGCUCCACAGACUCGGUGGUUGUUCUCUCUCAACCACAUGAAUUGGUGACCAUGACAACCGAAGGCCAUGCAUAUGGAGACGAUGUGGUGGCGCUGCUUUAG